AUGUCGACUCGUCCGCGCCGCGCGACGCGCCGCCAGGCCAUUGUCGACUCGUCGGAUGACGAAGAUGAGAUCGCAAAUGUCACCAAGAGGGAAUCGAGUGAGGAAGAGUUCGCCCCAGAGCCAUCUAAAAGCCCAGUGCGCCGACCUACACGCGCCCGCAAGAGCGCAGCACCUGCGUCUGCUCCCGCCCCGACAGCGCCGCGCCGUCGCGGUAGACCGAAAAAGAAUGUCGACCCUGCCCCGUCGGAAGAACCUACAAAAGUCGAGGCCUCUUCGAUCCUCGAGGAGCCUUCGGCCGUGGACGAGCCAUCUGUUGCUGAGACGGCUUCGGUGGCAGCAGAGGAACCCUCAGCUAUUGAAGAGCCAACGACCCUGGAGGAGCCCACAACCCUCGACGUCGCUCCCUCAAUAGAGCCCAGCGAGAUCUUUGAUCCCGACCAGACAGUCACCAAGACCGAGCUGCCCUCUUCGCCAAGGAAGGCCUCUCCUAGAAAGCCCAGGAAGAGUGUCGCGCCCCGCGCAUCCAAGUCCGCAACGCCAGCACCCGUUCCGACGCCCAGGCCGUCCGCUACACCCGAUCAGUCCCGGACACGGGACGAGCCUCUGGCCGACAUUACUGCCGCCGCGGUCAACGAGCAAAGGCCCCACGCCGAUGAUACGCAGGCCACCUUCAAGCCCGUCCGCGCCAUGGAUACCGUUCUGGAGAAGCCGAUGGAUAUUGUGCUCAAGUCGAGGAACCUAACGAUUCCUGUCGUCGAGGACACCACCCCGAAGCCUCGCCUUGUCAUCUCGUACCUGAUCCUUACCAACUUCAAGAGUUACGCAGGGAGACAGGAGGUCGGCCCCUUCCACGGUUCUUUCUCCUCCGUUGUCGGCCCCAACGGUUCUGGAAAGUCCAACGUCAUCGACUCUCUCCUCUUUGUGUUCGGUUUCCGCGCCAGCAAGAUGCGUCAGGGCAAGCUCUCUGCUCUCAUCCACAACUCGGCGCAGCACCCCAACCUGGACUACUGCGAAGUUUCUGUGCAUUUCCGAGAGGUCAUGGACCAGCCUGGUGGCGGUCACGAGGUGAUUCCCGAUUCCGACCUCAUCAUUUCUCGCAAAGCCUUCAAGAACAACUCGAGCUCGUACUACAUCAACGGCAAGACCUCCAACUUCACCACCGUCACCACCCUCCUCCGCGACCGCGGCAUCGAUCUCGACCACAAGCGUUUCCUCAUCUUGCAGGGUGAGGUCGAGUCCAUUGCCCAGAUGAAGGCCAAGGCAGCCAACGAGCACGACGACGGUCUCCUCGAAUACCUAGAGGAUAUCAUCGGCACUUCCAAGUACAAGGCACCGAUCGAGGAGUCGGCGGCCGAGGUCGAAACACUCAACGAGGUCUGCAUGGAGAAGAGCGGCCGUGUACAGCACGUUGAGAAGGAAAAGAACAGCCUCGAAGACAAGAAGAACAAGGCGCUGUCAUACAUUCGCGACGAGAACGAGCUCACAGUCAAGAAGUCAGCUCUCUACCAGCUCUACAUCGGCGAGUGCAACGACAAUGUGGCCGUCACUGAGGAGGCGAUCAGCCAAAUGCAGGCCCAGCUGGACGACGAGCUGGAGAAGCACCACGGUAGCGAAAAGAUCAUCAAGGAACUUCAGAAGUCGUACUCUCGCGGCAGCAAGGAAUUCGAGGCGCAAGCAAAAGAGACUGAGGCUCUUGUCAAGGAGAUGGCCAAGUUCGAACAAGAGCGCGUCAAGUUCGACGAGAAGAAGAAGUUCCUCAACGACAAGCAGAAGAAGUUGGAAAAGACCAUUGCCAACGCCGAGAAGUCGGCCGUCGAAGCCGACGAGACCAUCGCCCAAUGCGCCGAGGAGAUCGAGGAUCGCGCCAAAGAGAUUGCUUCGCUCGAAAUUCGAGUGCAGGAAGAGGAGGCCGAGCUCACAACCAUUCGUGAGAGUCUCAAGGGCAAGACACAAAAGUUCUCGGACCAGAUUGCAAUCAAGCAAAAGUCCCUGGAGCCCUGGAAGGAGAAGAUCAACCAGAAGCAGUCGGCGAUCGCUGUCGCACAGAGCGAAAUGAACAUUCUCGAGGAGAAGGCCAACGCCGGUGCAGUCGCCAUAUCCGAGACCGAGGCCAAAAUCGCCGCCAUUGAGGACGCGAGAACAGCCAAGGCGGAGGAGCUGAAGGGGUGCCAGGCCGAGAAGGCCAAGCUGGAGGAGGAGGCGAAGGAAGUCGAACAGGAGUUGUCUCGCUUCAACGCCCACGAGCCCAAAAUCCGCGCCAAGGUGUCCAACGCCCGGCAGAAGGCCGACGAGGCUCGCUCUAGUCUAUCUAAGACACAGACUCAGGGCAACGUACUCACAGCCCUGAUGCGUAUGCGCGAGUCUGGUCGUAUCGAUGGGUUCCACGGAAGGCUGGGCAAUCUCGGCGCGAUUGAGCAGAAGUACGACGUGGCAAUCUCGACGGCGUGCGGUGCUCUCGACAACUUCGUCACCGACACGGUCGAGGCUGGUCAGCAGUGCAUCGAAUAUCUCCGCAAGACCAAUCUCGGCCGUGGCAACUUCAUGUGCUUGGACAAGCUCAGGGUACGAGACAUGAAGGAGAUCCAGACACCAGAGAACGCGCCCCGUCUGUUCGACCUUGUCACCCCCAAGGAAGAGAGAUUUCGGCCUGCCUUUUACCACGCUCUCCAGGACACCCUGGUGGCGAAGGAUCUCGCCCAAGCCAACAGAAUCGCCUACGGUGCCAAGAGAUGGCGUGUUGUCACACUGGCCGGUGAGCUUAUCGACAAGUCCGGUACGAUGUCCGGUGGUGGCUCAACCGUCAAGAGAGGCCUCAUGUCAUCAAAGCUUGUUGCCGAGACGUCCAAGGAGCAAGUCUCCAAGCUCGAGGAGGACCGUGACGUGCUGGAAGAGAAGUACCAGGACUUCCAGGAACAGCAGCGAGAGCUCGAGACGAGGCUGCGCGAGCUCAACGAGCAGAUCCCCGCGCUCGACACCAAGAUGCAGAAGAUCACUCUGGAAAUUGAGAGCGCCGCUCGCAACCUCGCCGACGCGCAUCGCCGCAUCAAGGAGUUGAGCAAGGAGCACCAGCCGUCGGCUUCGGACGACAAGCGCAUCGCAGCCCUUCGCAAGGAGAUCGCCAAGCUCGAGAAGGAGGUUGAGAAGCUUCACGAUGAGACAUCCGGGGUCGAGGAAGAGAUCAAGGCUCUUCAGGACAAGAUUAUGGAAGUGGGUGGUGAGAGGCUCCGGCUGCAGAGGGCCAACGUCGACUCGCUCAAGGAGGAGAUUGUGUCUCAGAACGAGGAAACGUCCAACGCCGAGGUCCGCAAGGUCAAGGCCGAGAAGCAGAAGACGAAACUCGAGAGGGAUCACGCCAAGGCGUCCAAAGAGGUCGAGGCAGCGAUUCACGACCUCGAGAAGCUCGACCACGAGAUCGAGAACCAGGGCGAGAAGGCUGAGUCCCUCCAGAACCAGGUUGAAGAAGCCGAGGAGGGCUUGGCGGCGAAGAAGCGCGAGCUGUCGUCACUCAAGGCCGAGCUCGAUGAGAAGACGACGGAGCUGAACGCCACGCGCGCCAUUGAGAUCGAGAUGCGCAACAAGCUCGAAGAGAACCAAAAGGUUCUGGGCGAGAACCAGAAGAGACUCAUGUACUGGAACGACAAGCUAUCGAAGCUGACGCUCCAAAACAUCGAGGAUCUCACCGGCGUGUCCCAACCCGCUCCCAAAGCUACUCCGGCACCAGCAGCAGCACCAAGGCCUGCAACUGCCGAGGGAGAAGGAGACGAAGAGGGCGAGGGCGACAGGACCAUUACGCAGGAUGCCGUCGAUGGCGGAGACAAGUCCCAGCAAUCCGGAGAGGACGACGACGAGGAGGACGAUGACGAAGAGUCGGAUCGGCCGGAGCGGCCCUCCAGUCAGCCUCAAGAGCUGCCCGUGUACACACCUGACGAACUUGCCGACAUGAGCAAGGAGAAGCUCAAGGGAGAGAUCGCGGCGUUGGAGGAGAAGACACAGAACGUCAACGUCGACCUUGGUGUCCUCGCCGAGUACCGCCGGCGUGUCGAGGAGCACGCCGCGCGGUCAUCGGACCUGCAAAGCGCUGUCAGCCAACGCGACACAGCCAAGAAGCGCUGCGACGAGCUCCGGCGCCUGCGUCUAGAGGGUUUCAUGGAGGGCUUCAGCAUUAUCUCGCUGCGGCUGAAGGAGAUGUACCAAAUGAUCACGAUGGGUGGCAACGCCGAGCUCGAACUGGUCGAUUCCCUGGACCCCUUCAGCGAGGGUAUCCUAUUCAGCGUCAUGCCGCCCAAGAAGUCAUGGAAGAACAUCAGCAACCUGUCUGGUGGUGAGAAGACGCUCAGCAGUCUGGCGCUUGUCUUUGCUCUGCACCACUACAAGCCGACGCCUCUGUAUGUCAUGGACGAGAUUGACGCCGCCUUGGAUUUCAGAAACGUCUCGAUUGUCGCCAACUACAUCAAGGAGCGCACCAAGAACGCACAGUUCAUUGUCAUCUCACUCCGAAACAACAUGUUUGAGCUGGCCGCCCGGCUUGUCGGUGUUUACAAGGUCAACCACAUGACGAAGAGUGUGACGAUUGAGAACCAAGAUUACAUUGUGAGGAGGGGUCAGCAAGGCGGUCAGCAGAGCCAGAGCCAGCAGACCCAGUCUCAGACGGCCACGCAGCAGACGACAAUGGUGCGGUGA